GCGGUGACAAUGGGAGCGGCGCGGGCGGCGCCGGGAGGCAGCUGACAGGCGUCUGCGGCUUCGCUUCAUGGCCGCCCUCCCGCCCCGCCUGGGCUCUGUGGGGAGUCGGGGAGCCCGCGGCGGCCCGGAGCCAGGGCUGACGAGCCGAGCGGGGACCUGUGCGCGGCGCCGCUGAGGCGCAGCAUGUGAAGAGGAGACGGCUUCCAGCGCGAGGCGAGCUUCUCAGCCGGCCGGGAUGGCUACGACGGCCGAGCUCUUCGAGGAGCCUUUUGUAGCAGAUGAGUAUAUUGAACGACUUGUGUGGAGAACCCCAGGAGGAGGCUCUAGAGGGGGACCUGAAGCUUUUGAUCCCAAAAGGUUAUUAGAAGAAUUUGUAAAUCAUAUUCAAGAACUCCAGAUAAUGGAUGAAAGGAUUCAAAGGAAAGUAGAGAAACUAGAGCAACAGUGUCAGAAAGAAGCCAAGGAAUUUGCCAAGAAGGUACAAGAGCUCCAGAAAAGCAAUCAGGUUGCCUUUCAACAUUUCCAAGAACUAGAUGAGCACAUCAGCUAUGUAGCAACCAAAGUUUGUCACCUUGGAGACCAGUUGGAAGGGGUAAACACACCUAGACAACGGGCAGUUGAGGCUCAGAAAUUGAUGAAAUACUUUAAUGAAUUUCUAGAUGGAGAAUUGAAGUCUGAUGUUUUUACAAAUUCUGAAAAGAUAAAGGAGGCAGCAGACAUCAUUCAGAAGUUGCAUUUAAUCGCCCAGGAGUUACCUUUUGACAGAUUUUCAGAAGUAAAAUCCAAAAUUGCAAGUAAAUACCAUGACUUAGAAUGCCAGCUAAUUCAAGAGUUUACCAGUGCUCAAAGAAGAGGUGAAAUCUCCAGAAUGAGAGAAGUAGCUGCAGUUUUGCUUCAUUUUAAGGGUUAUUCCCAUUGUGUUGAUGUUUAUAUAAAGCAGUGCCAGGAGGGUGCUUACUUGAGAAACGAUAUAUUUGAAGAUGCAGCAAUACUCUGUCAACGGGUUAACAAACAAGUUGGAGAUAUCUUUAGUAAUCCAGAAACAGUACUGGCUAAGCUUAUUCAAAAUGUAUUUGAAAUCAAACUACAGAGUUUUGUGAAAGACCAGUUAGAAGAAUGUAGGAAGUCUGAUGCAGAGCAGUAUCUCAAAAAUCUCUAUGAUUUAUAUACAAGAACUACAAAUCUUUCCAGCAAGUUGAUGGAGUUUAACUUAGGUACUGAUAAACAGACUUUCUUGUCUAAGCUUAUCAAAUCCAUUUUCAUUUCCUAUUUGGAGAACUAUAUUGAGGUGGAGACUGGAUAUUUGAAAAGUAGAAGUGCUAUGAUCCUACAGCGCUAUUAUGACUCAAAAAACCAUCAAAAGAGAUCCAUUGGCACAGGAGGUAUUCAGGAUUUGAAAGAGAGAAUUAGACAACGUACCAACUUACCGCUGGGGCCAAGUAUCGAUACUCAUGGAGAAACUUUCCUAUCUCAAGAAGUGGUGGUUAAUCUUUUACAAGAAACUAAACAGGCCUUUGAAAGAUGUCAUAGGCUCUCAGAUCCUUCUGAUUUACCAAGGAAUGCCUUUAGAAUUUUUACCAUUCUUGUGGAAUUUUUAUGUAUUGAGCAUAUUGAUUAUGCUUUGGAAACAGGACUUGCUGGAAUUCCUUCUUCAGAUUCUAGGAAUGCAAAUCUCUAUUUUUUGGACGUUGUACAACAGGCCAAUACUAUUUUUCAUCUUUUUGACAAGCAGUUUAAUGAUCACCUUAUGCCACUAAUAAGCUCUUCUCCUAAGUUAUCUGAAUGCCUUCAGAAGAAAAAAGAAAUAAUUGAACAAAUGGAGAUGAAAUUGGAUACUGGCAUUGAUAGGACAUUAAAUUGUAUGAUUGGACAGAUGAAACAUAUCUUGGCUGCAGAACAAAAGAAAACAGAUUUUAAGCCAGAGGAUGAAAACAAUGUUUUGAUUCAAUAUACUAAUGCCUGUGUUAAAGUCUGUGCUUAUGUAAGAAAGCAAGUGGAAAAGAUUAAAAAUUCCAUGGAUGGGAAGAAUGUGGAUACAGUUUUGAUGGAACUUGGAGUACGUUUUCAUCGACUUAUUUAUGAGCAUCUUCAACAAUACUCCUACAGUUGUAUGGGUGGCAUGUUAGCAAUUUGUGAUGUAGCUGAAUAUAGGAAGUGUGCCAAAGACUUCAAGAUUCCACUGGUAUUACAGCUUUUUGAUACUCUGCAUGCACUUUGCAAUCUUCUGGUAGUUGCUCCAGAUAAUUUAAAGCAAGUCUGCUCAGGAGAACAACUUGCUAAUCUGGACAAGAACAUUCUUCACUCCUUCGUACAACUUCGUGCUGACUAUAGAUCUGCCCGUCUUGCUCGACAUUUCAGCUGAGGUUGAAUUUAUAAGGGAAACAUGUUGUACUUCAGCAGGCCUUUGGUUGAUAGAAAGCACAGGAGAUUUCUUAUGACAAAGCCAACAUUUUAUGGAAAAAUGACUGUUUGGAUAAACAGCAGCCAUACUUACCCUUGAGAUUUCAUUUGAAAUUUGAACACUACCAGCCAUAUUUUGCUUUUUCACCUGAAGUUGAAUUUUAAUUCCAUUCUUGAACAUAUAAAUUUCAAAUUCUAAAUUUUAAAUUCUGUGAAACUACAUGUCACUGUUUUCAUCCUGGAAAAUGUUGGUGUCAGAAGACAAAUGAGAUGUUAUCAGUGUUCCAGUUGACAUUCUUUUACAUAUGCUAUUGGGAAAUUUCACCAUCCUAUUUUGCAUUAAUGGUAAAAUACAGCAAAACUGCAUUUAUUAUUUACCAAUUUUUAAUGACCUUUUCAGCACUUGGUAAUUGUUAGUCAAGUUACUUUAGGUUUUCCUAGAGAACUUUUGCCUCUUUCAAAAGGUUAACAAUUGAGCAUAAUUUCUGUAGUUGGUUAAUUAGAUUUUUUUUCCUGAGGUACAGUAGUAAUAUUCCAAGAAAAAUGUUAUAAACUAAACUAAAAUGAUGAGAUGUUUUAUGUAGAUAAUAGGAAUGGAUCAGAAUACAUCUGCUUUCUGGGUAAAAAAAAAGUUUACUAUUUCUUAUUUCGUAAACAGAUUUUAAGCCAAUGCUAGCAAGAAGUUAAUAAGUCUACCUUAUUUUAUAUUUCACUUAAGAUAAGGUGGAGGACUUUAAAGGACCAUAUUUAUUCAUUAUUUUAAUAUUACAAGGGAAGUAAAGUGAGGUAUAGUCUAAAUGGUAAAUAUAAGAAAUAUUGACAGUGUUUAGCAACAAUGCAGUCUUUUAAGAUUUCUUUCUUAAUGCUAAACUGGAAUAAGAUAGGAUGGCUAACCAUAGGUAGUCUAUUUUAAGGGGAAUCAGGAAUUGAUAGUGUUAUAUAUUCUAAGUCUAGAGAUGAGCUUUGUAAAAACUGGUUGCUUUUCAAAUCUAUAGUUUCUGUCAUCUUUUUCAAGGCGUUUCUGAAGCAGUUCUUACUGAUUGGAGUUAAUUGAAUUGGCUUAAUAUGGUGACAUAAUAAAUCACUUAUAAAAUUUUAAACAUCAAGUGGAAAUUUAGAAAGGCUAUUACUCUACAAUUUCUAUAAACUUGGUCUGCAAGAAUUCAUUCUUAUCUGUAUAGUGUUUCAGCUUCCUUUGUGUUGUUCAUAAUCUUCUAGGAACGGAUAAACUUUAAUGUUCAGCUCAUUCUUGGCAUUUUUUUUCCUUUAAUGUAUGCUGCUUUGCCUAAUUUUGGCAAACUACUUUUCUUUUAAGACUAUAUUUCUGAAUGGUCAUCGAUUUUUACCAAAACUUCCAGGUCCAGUGCUAGCUACUGUUCAAGUUACUAUUGACUGAAUUUUCUUCAUUUUCUGUUUAGCCCAGUGUUAUCAAGGUCAGGAAGAGAAAUGAAGUAUGCCAACUUUUAUCAAAGCAUUUUAGGAAAUCAUGGCAGCUUUAGAAGGCUGUCUGGUUUUCUAUUCCUUAGCCAAGGGAGAGCCAGAGCAGAUUUUGGAUACUAGAGAAAGUCAUAUGCUUGUACUAUUGCCAUUUUAGAAAGCUCUGAUGUGAAUUCAAAUUAUACCUCUGUUACUUAAAGCCAACAAUUUUAAAGCAGUAGUUUUACUGGCCAUUUGAACUCUUUGUACAGUGUCAAUUUGUAAAAAAAAAAAAAAACAAAAACAAAAACAAAAAACAAAAAAAAAAAUAAAACAUGAGAACAUUUUAAGACUUCAAAUCAGAGAAGUGCUUCAAAUUAUUUUGUUUGGAUUAAUUUUUAAAAUGUAAAGCAUAUACAUGUUGCUUAGAUAUUUUGUUAAUUAUUAUUUCCAUGCUUGAGUUUUGUGCAAUAUUUUCCAUUAUGUCCAUGACCAGGCAGUGACAAAGAAAACUCAUAAGUGAAUACUUAGAAGUGUUAACAUUAAUGCUUAAUAAACAAAUUCCCUGCAAUUGUUUUUUUAUUUCACUCCAUUUUUACAUCUUUAGGAUAUCUGUACUUAAUUUUAUAAAUUAUUUCUAUUUAAGUUUUCAAGAUGUUCCUUAUUUUUAUAGCAUAGGUCUUCUCACUUUUUUUAGCAGAAAAAUACUUUGUAACUAAGAUUUGAAAUUUAACCUAAGCUGAUUAUCUUUCUCUAAGAAACUUUUUGUUGUAUAAACCCUUAUGCAUUCCUUGCAUUCUUUGUAUUCCAGUUUUUAAAGCAUUUUUUAUAUUUGUGGCCACUAUAAAAUUUUUCCCACAAUAUAUGACCCAAAAGAGAUCAAUAAGUAAGAUGUUUUUCACGUGCACAUGGUAAAAUUUUAAGCAGCAAUAAUGGAACUUUGUAUAUUAAUAACGUUAGCCUAUGUUUGAAUAAGGAGAAUCAUUAGUAUUCUGCAGUUCUGCAUGAGCUAACAGGCAAUAUUUAGGUAAUGUUUUGAAGUUGAAAAUAUGCUCCAAAACACUGCAGGUUAUUUUUCUCUGCAACUUGAGUAUAUUAUAUUUGCCUAAAAUGGUACAGAAAGUGAAAUACACAACACAAAUUUCAGAAGGAAGUCUAGCAUCUAUAAGUUAUGACAGAGUAGAUGAAUAGUCCUUAUGAAGAAUUAUUAGCUCUUGGAUGGAUCUUUAGAUAGUAGAUAUCUGACUAUUUCAAGACAAGUAUUAGCCUCAUUUUGAGCAUCACCAUGGUUGCAAGUCCCUGGCACUUUCCCCCUUUUUAAAAAAAGCUGCUAAGUAUGUUAACUUAUGAUAUAUUUAAAUGAUUUUCUUUCCUCUUUCACUUUAAAUAUUUCACUAUCUGACUAUCAGCCUUAUAGUGAAAUAAUUUAAUUAUCAAAUUGUUUCAAAGUAGAGAAUUUACUGCUUCCUUAAAAUGCCUUUUUUAAAUCUAUGAUGGAGAAUAUUUACAAGUAUCCAGAUAAAGAAAUUUUGGUUCUGAAGAGCCACAAAACCUUUUGAGUGGUCGUGUUUAUAAGGGUAGUGCCCAAGGCAUGCUUGAACAGCUAAGCAAGUUUCAUCAGUGCAUAAUUUGUCAUUGACUAAAAAGCUUAUAUCUGGGAAUUUAUUUUUUUUUUAAAAUACAGAAGUAGGCUGCAUAUUACCCAUAUAUAUUUAUUACUCAUUGACUUAGAAAUGUGAGAUGUUUCCUAGAAGUGAACUGAAUUCUCCUGAUUUCUGUUGGACAAUUUGACAUAGAAAGCACUUUAUGCUUUUAUCCCAAUUAGUUUAAUUAUAUUCAAUUUCUGUAGUACUUCCCUCUGCUUGAGAAAUUCAGUCCUGAAAUACAUUGUAUACUUUGGAGAAAAAAAACAGUCCAUGUUGUUAGAGUAAAUAAUCCUACAUAAAGUAAAAACAGCAAUUUUUAACUUGUAAUGCAUAAUAAAAACAGAGCUACAUUUAUCUCCUCAAGUCCCAUGCACUGUGCUGACCAUUUGUAUACAUGAUCUUAUUAGAUUCCAAAGCAGUCUUGGAAGUUGGGUACUAUUAUCUCAAUUUGACAGAUGAAACAUCUAAGCCACAAAAACGUUAAGUAGACCUACUCAGGGUCUAUAGCUAAUAAAAGGCUCAGAUUGAAACCUAAGCCUUUCUCACUCAUUCUUUAUGUUCCAUACACUCUUCUUGUUUAACAUUUAAAUAGGUCCUUUAUUUUGAUAGGCUCACUAAUUUUGCUUAAUCUAAUUCUCUUCUCAUCCAAUGUCUGGUUCUCACUAUAAUGUUUAGGCUAUGAAGUUGAUACACACAGGGUCAGUAUCUAAUUUACUGUUGGAUUUUUUUAAUGUCUCCAAUGUGUGAUCAUACUUUUUAAAUUUAGUUUUUAAAAUUUUAUAAGUGGUCAUGAAAUUUUAAUUUAAUAUUAAGUUUGUAUUCAAUAGAAAUCUUUCUAUUAAAAAGUUCUCUUUAGUGAGUAUUAUUUUACAUAAUUAUAGUACUAUGUCUGCUUAAUAAUCUUUACAGAAGAAAGAGUCCAGGUAUUUUGUAUGAUAUUUUAUAACAGGAAUAAAUGACAACUGUACCUUGGAAAAUAGGAGGAAAUCAGUAUUUCUACCUUCAAAAACAGACUAUUUUAAUGUCAUAAGUUUGUCAAUUGUGUUAACUAUUCAAUGCAGUUGGUAGUUUUUAAAUGAAUGCUAGAGUGAAAAUACAGGGAAAAGGUACUCAGUGAAUUAGCAAUGGGUAGUCAUCUUCAUGUAAUCAAAAAUAACAUGUUUAAUCUUUUAAGAAUUGCCUUAACUCCUAACUUUUAUUCUUAACAAGGAUCAAUCCUCUCUCUUUCCAAAUUUAGGGGAGAAACAUGACACAUUAGAUUGUAAGAAUUUUAAUUGGUGAUUUGGAGCAGUUAGGCUGAUAACUCUGGGCUUAACAAGUUUGGUAUUUUUAAACUCAGCCCUGUAUAGUUUAACACUGUUAUUUGGGUGGUAACAGUAAACUUCAGUUCUUGUGAUAAGUAGGACCUCUAGGGGGAGGGAAAAGUAAUUAACCAUACUUGUUCAUUUUCUAAGUGUUUUAGAUGGUUGCAGUCUGCCUCACCAUACAAAGCCAAUUUAAAUAUGAAUAUAUCACAUCAUACUCCAAACAGCAAACAACCUCAGAGGAAAGUCAUUUAUUCAGAAGGCAUAGAUUUGUGCUAGACAGCAGUGAUGCAUUACAAAUAUAUAAUUAUUUGCACUAAUAUUUGAGCAGGUGGAAUGGAUUAGAACAUGGUCAACAUUAUGCUGCUGAUAACAUGUAUUUUUCUAUAUUAAUAUGUACUGUGCAACAUGUAUUAAAAUUGUCAAUAAUUCAUUUUAGCCAAGAUACUAAUAUUUAUAUUACUAUGUUGAAGAAACAGUAUCCAACUGAGCCACUUUUAAUUUAAAAGUCUGAAACUGGAAUUAAGUUUACUUUGAAAAACCACUUAAAUUACUUUAUAAUCACGGGAAGGUCAGUAAAACAUAGAAUUAUCAGUGACUGGUGACUUAAUAGAAAGAAGUGUGGAGAGUUAAGAAUAGGGCUAGGAUUCUGCAAUGAGUAAAUUAAGUUUCAUUUAUUUAUAGCUCCGAUUUUAUUUUCACAAUUAGCAAUCUUAAAUGAAGGAAAAUGUCUUAUCCCUUCCAGUGUAUCUUUAUACUAAUACUCUAAGUCUGAAGAUUGGAUGGAACCAACUCCAAGGAAUUAAUCUCCAAUGGUGGACUUUCAGAUUUUCUAGAUUAAACUUUUAAGAGGUAGAAAGCCUUCUUGAUGCCCCUGUAAUCUUAAAUAGGCAGAUGCCUUUAAGUGAGACCAUCCCUUUUUACCUAUCAUUUUAAUUUUUUAUACUGUGGGUAAAUUUAGUUCCUUUGAACUCUGGUAUUUUGUUGUGGCAAUUCUCUCAAAUCUGCAGCUUUUUGCUAUAGAGAAUAUUGUCUAAACAGAACCUGGACAGUGCUGACCUUAAAGAGACCUGUGAAACUACCUCUAAGUAUAUUUUUUGCAAAUACUUUGUGCUAUUUAGAGGAUUCACUUGAAAUUCUGUGAAAAUACUUUAUAAGGAGUAAUACUAAGUGCCUCUAUAUUAGGAUGCUCCAGUAAAAUGUACUUUCAUUUUUUGCCACAAGGGGGGAGGCUAUUUUUAUAGUAAUACCUGCAUUUUUGUUUGAUUUUAAAAAUAGAACUCAGUUUCUCUCUACUGAACAGCAUCUUUGAACAUAUCACUAUCGUAACCAGUAGGAAGAAUGUGUGAUUGUGUGUGUAUGUGAGUUUAAAGAAGAUUCUGAAAGUCAUAUGAAGAAUUUCUGGACCAAUUAAUGGCAUAAAACUAAGGUAGUUUUGAAGAACCUGUAUGUGCACAGUGGACACAGGAAUUGGACAAAGUUCAUCCUAAUUAAAAUUAUGUUUUUGGAGUUCUAGCUCGAAUUACUUUAUCAGCUCUUUAAGAAUAAUCUAUUGAUUAGUUUUCUGCAUUCUGCUUUUUAAGGAAAAAAUUUUGAAACCAUCUCAAACUUACAGAAAGGUUGUAAAUACUGUACAAAUAAAAUUUUUCCGCUUUGAGAGUAA